AUGCACAUCGUCUUCGGCAAAACAGUUUUCCCCACAGCACCACCCACCACCACCGCAAUGGAACAUCCCUCUUUCACUCUCGCCGCGCUCACCGUCAUCGGUGGCUCGAUGGGCUACUGGCGUAAAGGGUCUGUGCCCUCGCUGGCUGCAGGUCUCGUUUUUGGUAGCACCUACGCUGUAGCAGGGUACUUGCUCCGGAAGAACGCAGAGGGCGGCCUCGAGCUCGCCCUUGGCGCGAGCUCCGUGAUGCUGUUGACCGGCCUCAUCAGAGGCGUGCCAUCGCGUUUCGCCAAACCCGUCCCGCUGGUGCUCACCGCCCUCGGCGGCUUCGGCACAGCCUACUACUACGGGAAGUACCGCGAGUUCUACCCAUAG